CUCCGGGGACGGACAGCUGAGCACCGGGGGCCUGGACGCCUCGUCCGACUCGUGCCUGCAGUUCCUCCGUGGUAGCGAUCACACAGGGUGAAGACACCACGUUUACGCUCUGAAUUGGUCAACAUGAGCACUUAAUCACAGUUUGAGAACUCGGUCAGUGUUUUUUACUUUGUUUUUCUCACUUGGUACUCGUUGUUUUAAUGUGACUUGGCUUACCAUAAAGGUUAAAAUUUCCAGCUGUGUAUUUUAAUUGUCCCUUCUUAUUAUAUGCUGAGAUCCUGACAAGGGCAAGCGGUUACCGAAAGCAAAGAAUUGAAGAUUAUUUUUUUUUUUUUUUUUUUACAGAACCUAACCAAAAAAUUUAGGAUCUUUGGAGUUGCAGAUAAAGCAAGUUAUGAGCAGGUUUCCAGUCCAGUUGCGCUCGUGUGGGAUCUUGGAGGAGGUGCUCCGUGCAGGCGGUGACCCUGUGCAUUGUAGUCCUGUCUCAGUAAGAGGGAAGAGUCCUGUUGGGAAACCUGCACAAAUCCCUCCUAAAGACGUGAGCUGUUUCCUAACUGCACUUAGGAGGAUUUAACUGUAGAUGCUGUGAAAUGUGCAAAAGGGUUUUUCACAACGGGAGGCUUUUCUACGUCUCGCACCUCAGGAAGGAUUCCACGGUUCGAAUGCGUUUCUCAUUGCCCGGUUCUGGUCGGCCGGAUGAUGCAACUUCACGGGCUGCGGUAUCGUGUGUUAACAUGUUGUACAGAAGGCAGGGAAAAAGACCUGUUAGGCGGACUAUGACUGUCAGAAGGGAAUCAAGGUUAUGGUGUGAAUUCAGAGCGUUGCAGAGAAGAUGAUGUUGAUGACGACAGCAAUGAUGAUGACUCAUUUCGAAAGCUCAGCGCUGUCUGCCUGUAAUGGUGUCGGGGGGGACGUCCCACAGGGCGAGCCUAGCCACUCUGCAGAAGAAGCUUGAGGAGCUGGACCUGGAUGAGCAGCAGAAGAAGCGCCUGGAGGCCUUCCUCACCCAGAAGGCCCAGGUGGGUGAGCUGAAGGAUGACGAUUUCCACCACAUUUGUGAGCUGGGUGCCGGGAACGGUGGUGUCGUCAACAAGGUCCGCCACAAGCCCUCUGGCCUGGUGAUGGCCCGGAAGCUGAUCCACCUGGAGAUCAAGCCUGCCAUCCGGAACCAGAUCAUUCGUGAGCUACAGGUGCUGCACGAGUGCAACUCGCCCUACAUCGUGGGCUUCUAUGGGGCCUUCUACAGUGAUGGCGAGAUCAGCAUCUGCAUGGAGCACAUGGAUGGCGGCUCCCUGGAUCAGGUUCUGAAGGAGGCCAGGAGGAUUCCAGAGGAGAUCCUUGGGAAAGUCAGCAUCGCCGUUCUCCGGGGGUUGGCAUACCUGCGCGAGAAGCAUCAGAUCAUGCACAGAGAUGUCAAGCCAUCCAACAUUCUGGUGAACUCGCGCGGGGAGAUCAAGCUGUGCGACUUCGGCGUGAGUGGCCAGCUCAUCGACUCCAUGGCCAACUCCUUUGUGGGGACUCGCUCAUACAUGUCGCCGGAGAGACUGCAGGGCACACACUACUCAGUGCAGUCGGACGUGUGGAGCAUGGGCCUGUCACUGGUGGAGCUCGCCAUCGGCCGUUACCCGAUUCCCCCUCCUGAUGCCAAGGAGCUGGAGGCCAUCUUCGGCCGGCCUGUGCUGGAUGGGGCAGAGGGCGGGACUCUAAGCACCUCUCCACGCCCCCGUCCUCCUGGACGACCGGUCAGUGGACACGGCCCAGCAAUGGCUAUCUUCGAGCUGCUGGACUACAUUGUAAAUGAGCCUCCGCCCAAGCUCCCCCACGGCAUCUUCACCACCGAUUUCCACGAUUUUGUGACUAAAUGCCUCAUUAAGAACCCGGCAGAGAGGGCCGACCUGAAGAUGCUCAUGAACCACACAUUCAUCAAGCGCUCCGAGGUGGAGGAGGUGGACUUUGCUGGCUGGUUAUGCAAAACCAUGGGCCUCAACCAGCCCAGUACGCCGACCCGUACGGGCAACUGAGUGAGGCGUGCUCUCUCUUUCUCUCUCACACACUCACUCACUCUCAUUCACUCAGUGGCCUAAUACAACAACCCCCAAGGGCAUCUGAGAAACACAUUUAGACACACAUGCAUCUCCUAACCGUGGCAUAGAGCUUACCAGCAUGCAUGCAGUCAUACGUUAACAACACACGCACACAGUGAUAUCCAUAAGCAUUCGCUCUCACUGAGCAGUCACAGUCAUGUGUACAUGAACGUACACACAGCCCUGCCCCCAUCCCCACACACUCUCCUUAUUUUGUCAGCAGAUGGACACAGUUACAGACAUGUGGUUCCCCAACGAAUGCAAAGCACUGACUGUCCCCGGAUGCUUUUCAUCCCGUUUCCUCCCCCUCAUUGUGGAUGUAGUCACUUGCAGGUUGUGAAUGGUUGUUAGGUCUCAGGGGGUGGGGGGGGUGCAUGGAUAGGUCUAGCAGUCUGGAUGGUGUGGUCAAGAGGUGCUCUUAGCUGUAUUUAGCCACAUGGCGAUGCUGUGUUCAUGGGGGACGGCUCAGGCUGGUGCCCCCUAGUGGUCGCGUGGAGCUGUCCUUCGCUUGGGACUCGUGAGUGUUCGAGGGUCUGCUCCGCCAUUGCUAACUUGUCCGAGGUCGUUCCGGUCCUCAGUAUCAACCUGUAUGAGACAAGAAGUCCGGUUUGCUGAGCGCGGCCCACGGUUCGAGCCAAGCUCUUCCGGCUCUUUCAGCAGUCAGGUGUCGACAAUGAGAACCGGUUCGGCUCGAGGAAUCGCGGUGGAAAGUGAAACUUGCGACGGUGAUCACGGCUACCCAAGUGACCGAGUGGUGCUUGUACACCUCACACAUGCGACACUCCUCACUCCUCCUGAACGACCAACCCACCCUGAGCUCCUGCCGGGCUUUUGUCCCCCUUUUCUUUACCUUUAUAAUCUUGCUUGUUUUGUUUUUAUAAUUGUACAACUCUUUUGUUCUCAUAUUGUGAAAGGCAACAAGUGCUACAAAUGAUGUAACGAGUGCGAUGUGGCAAACCGGUUAUUGGAACAAGCUUUCGUCACUGUAGCUCAUCCACGGAGAUGUGUAUAUAUUGAUACAUAAAUGUGUACGUACGUGUGUGCGUGUGUAUGUGUAUGUCUCCACAUAUGUACAAGUGAUACGCAUAUAUAUAUAAAUAUAUAUUUUUUCUUUGGUUUUCUUCUGGCUUCUAGACCACGUGGACUGAAUGUAAACAAUUUCUGUUUUUGUUUUUGUGAAAUUGAAAAAAUGAAUGCUGUACGGGAGCGAGGCAGGGGCACCGGGUCCCAGUCCACUGAGGCGGGUCCCUUGCUGUUUUGUGUUCUGCUGUCUGUUCCCUUGGUCCUUUUUCUUUUGCAGAGAUGCAUGAUGCUGUGGAGGAGUGCGGUGAAGGGAUGAAUAAAUGUUCCUUUGGACA